GUUUAAACUCUCUUCCCUUUCAGCAAGGAGGGUUUUAGCCGUUUAGGUCGUCUCCUUAAACAAACACUGCAUACAAUAAAUGGUAGCGCCGCCGCCCAAGUACGUUAGCUCGGUCGGCGAUCUGAAGCGCCGCGAGUUACAGAAGAAGAAAGCCAAGUCCGGAGGCUUCGAGUCCCUCAACCUGAGCCCCAAUGUCUUCAACGCAAUCAAGCGCAAGGGCUACAAGGUCCCCACUCCCAUCCAGCGCAAGACCAUGCCGCUUAUUCUCGCCGGUAACGACGUCGUCGCCAUGGCCCGCACCGGUUCCGGCAAAACGGCCGCGUUUCUGGUCCCUAUGCUUGAGCGGUUGAAGGAGCACGUCCCCCAAGGCGGCGUUAGGGCUUUGAUUCUCUCUCCCACUCGUGACCUGGCUCUUCAGACCCUCAAAUUUGCCGAAGAACUCGCCCGGUUUAUGGAUGUUCGGAUUAGUUUACUAGUAGGUGGUGAUAGCAUGGAGAGUCAGUUUGAGGAGCUGGCGCAGAAUCCGGAUAUCAUAAUCGCAACUCCAGGGAGGCUGAUUCACCAUUUGGCUGAGAUUGACGAGAUGUCGCUCCGGUCUGUGGAGUAUGUUGUGUUUGAUGAGGCCGAUUGUCUCUUUGGCAUGGGGUUUGCUGAGCAGCUGCAUAAGAUUCUUGCGCAGCUGAGUGAUAACCGGCAGACUCUGCUGUUUAGUGCGACAUUGCCUAGUGCGCUUGCGGAGUUUGCCAAGGCCGGUUUGCAGGAUCCUCGGCUUGUGCGGCUUGAUUUGGAUACUAAGAUUAGCCCCGACUUGAAGCUCAUGUUUUUCACGUUGCGGCAGGAGGAGAAGCAUGCGGCAAUACUGUAUUUGGUGAGGGAGCAUAUUCGUUCGGAUGAGCAGACGUUGCUAUUCGUGUCCACUAAGCAUCAUGUGGAGUUUCUGAAUAUCUUGUUUAGAGAAGAGGGCAUUGAGCCGUCUGUGUGUUAUGGUGACAUGGAUCACGAUGCUCGAAAAAUUCAUAUAUCAAAGUUUAGGAACAGAAAGACCAUGCUGUUGAUUGUCACUGAUGUUGCAGCUAGAGGAAUUGACAUUCCGCUGCUUGACAAUGUUAUCAAUUGGGACUUCCCCCCGAAGCCUAAACUUUUCGUCCAUAGAGUAGGUCGAGCUGCAAGGGCAGGUCGGACAGGCACUGCAUUUUCUCUUGUGACAUCUGAAGACAUACCUAACCUUUUAGAUCUUCAUCUAUUUCUUUCAAAACCGAUUAGGCCAGCACCUACUGAGGAGGAGGUCUUACAGGAUAUGGAUGGGGUGAUGUCCAAGAUUGAUCAAGCAGUUGCAAAUGGAGAAAGUAUUUAUGGGCGUUUCCCCCAAACAGCUAUUGAUCUUGUUUCAGACCGGGUUAGAGAGAUAAUUGUUUCUUCCUCAGAACUCAGCCUUUUGCUGAAAACUUGCGCAAACGCAUACCGCCUGUAUUCAAAGACAAAGCCUGCCCCUUCAAGGGAGUCUAUUAAAAGAGCAAAAGAUUUACCUCGGGAAGGGCUGCAUCCAAUAUUUAAAAGCACACUAGAGGGUGGAGAUUUGAAGGCAUUGGCAUUUUCUGAGCGGUUGAAGACAUUCAGACCUGAGCAGACCAUUCUGGAAGCUGAAGGGAAAGCUGCUAAAUCAAAGAAUGUGAAGGGUCCUUCUAGUCAGUGGGUUGAUGUCAUGAAGAGAAAAAGAGCUAUUCAUGAAGGGAUAAUUAAUCUAGUUCAUCAGCAGAAUCAGGAACGUUCCAAAAAUCGUGUGGAAGAGGAAGAUGAACCUGAGAUUAUUCCCUCAAAGAAAAAGAGAAAGAAAGAAUGUUCGGGUUCUACAAGGAAAGCAACAAGCUUCAAGGAUGAGGAGUACUUUAUAAGUUCCAUACCCACAAAUCAUCAUACUGAAGCAGGACUCUCAGUGAGAGGGAAUGAGAACUUUGACUCUAAUAGGUUGGACGCUGCUGUUCUAGAUCUAGUUGCAGAUGAUAAUGUGGGCAUGAAGAAACAGAAAUCUGUUUUUCAUUGGGAUAAGAGGGGAAAAAAGUACAUAAAGCUAAAUUCUAAUGACCGUGUGACUGCUAGUGGCAAGGUAAAGACAGAGAGUGGUGCAAAAGGAAAACUUGAGAAAACUGGAAUGUACAAGAAGUGGAUAGCACGUACACACAAUAAAGUAUCUUUCAAAGGCACUGGCGAAGGGAAUGAUGAGGAAGCCACAGGCAACCGGAGAUGGCAGGGGAACAACAGGAGGAACCCUCGUGGGGGCAGGAAGCAACAGUCUAUUCCUAAUGCACAUGUCCGUUCUGAAAUCAAAGACUUGGAUCAAGUUCGGAAGGAGAGACAGAAAAAGGCUGAUAGAACCUCUUAUUUGAAAAGCAAAUCUACAAAGGGGGGUAAAAUUUUUGGUAAAAAUGGCAAAAGAGGGAAGGCAAAGAGGUAAACAAUUGCCUAGUACAACUCUUGUAAAAACACCAAAUGGAGGGAUGGACGUUACCAUCGUACCGCCAGGAAAGAGAGAAAAACAGAGGAGUAUUUGCUGUUAUCAAAUAGCUGUAUUUGGUAGUUCAACCAAUUUUGUACUUUUUAAAAGACAGGUGCUGUAGUGAAUUUUGGAUACUCCGUUGGUUUUACUUUUCAAAUUUUCAGUAAAUCAGACUACUCAAUCGUCAA